AUGUUUUACUACCUCCAAAGAACUCGAUUGGUUAUCGGUUUUCUUUGUGUAACGCGUUUCACAUCGACUAUUCUUAACUCGUUAUUACUUGUAUCACGAUGUUUAAUGACGAAUAUUCUCCACCAAAAUCUAAAUCGAAGAAGAAUUCCAGUUCAACAAAAACGAAAAAGGUCCAAAAGAAGUGUAAUUGUCGUUCAGGUUGCUCAAAACGAUCCUGUUAUUGUUUUAAAUCAAACGGUGGAUGUGAUUCAACGUGUGGAUGCGGUUCAUCUUGUCAAAACCUAUUUAAUCAUCUGA